AGGCGGUGGAGUGAGAGGCGUUGGAUGUGAAAAGGGAAUGAGAGUUUAAGAAGAGAGAGGAGGGAUCGAUCUGAGGCUUUGGCUUUGGCGCAAUUGAUUGAAACAUAAAUAAGAGAAAGCGUGUGCAAUUGCAAUGGAAAGCUAUCGCUGUUAGGGUUUCACGCACAUUGCAUUCGCCACCUCUCACCUCAGUUCUCGCUCUAAAUCCAGGUUCUCAAUUCCUUAGGGUUUCGCACAUUUUCCUUUUCCUCCCUCGAGAUCUAGGGUUUAUGCUUCCAUUUUUUCAUUUCCUUUUCCGCAUUUCUUUCGUUUUUUCUUUCUCUCCUCGAUUAUAAAUAAUGUGCCUGCAUUGCUCACUCCGGACUGCGGGAUAGGAUUUUGAGGAAUCUCGCUUCAUUCGUCCAAUAUUCAUCAUGAUUGCUCUUUCACCGUGAAACCGGAAACAGCCCCUCAUUUUUGUCUCGGUUAGGGUAUGAGACAAGUACACCCGUCACUGGGUUUUAUGAUAUUUUGCUUUAAGAUUUGGAGGAUAAGACUUGAUUUGUGCUUCUGGGGAUUGGGGCUUUUUCAGAGAUUGCUGUGUGGGAGUGAAAUCUCUUCUCGGAGUUGAUAUGUGCAGUUGUUGGACUUUUAUCUUAUGGCACCAACUGUACCUAUAGAGUUUGCUGGACAAAAGGAAUCCAGAAAGUACUCUCAUUCGCAGGUCAUGGGCAAGUCUAGGAAAUACUCCAAGGGUUAUGCUACUGGCUUUGUUCCCGAUUUUCGGCAUGCUGUAGAGACUAUGGGUGAAUCAGAAGGGUUGGGUAGCUUGGGUAGGGUUGAUUUAGAGAGGACGGCUUCCGCUGAUUCUUGUGCACCCAAGAGGAAAUGUGUUGGUUCCAAUGCUGGCGGUUAUGGUAGUUUUGAUGUACCGUUUCAACUUUUCUCCUUGUCCAAGAUGUCGGGCUUUGAGAGGAAGGAUCUGAAACUGAGGUUGGCUUGGGAGCUUGAACAAGUGAGGGAGCUUCAGAAGAAAUACGAUGGUAUGAGCUCUAAUGUUGUUGGAUUGUCUCCUUCCAGUGACAUAAGGAGCUGCAGUGCUGGACAGAAGAGGCCUAAGUUGGAUAGCCAGCAUAUGACAACGGAAGGAUCGAUGCAGCUGCAUAGUAAGAAAAGGCCCUUACCGGGGCAUAGUGGUCCCAAGACAAAGAAGAGUAUGUCUGGGCGUUUUGAAAAUGCGAAACCUGCUGCUGCACCAGUGACUACUUCGAAUGCUACAUUUAUGAAACCGUGUGAGACAUUGCUUAACCGAUUGAUGUCCCAUCAAUUUGGUUGGGUUUUUAACACUCCAGUUGAUGUUGUUAAAUUGAACAUUCCGGAUUAUUUCACUGUCAUCAAGCAUCCAAUGGAUUUGGGUACUGUGAAGAGGAGAAUAACUUCUGGUGACUAUUCAAAUCCCAUGGAUUUUGCUGCUGAUGUGCGGCUGACUUUCUCAAAUGCAAUGACAUAUAAUCCACCAGGCAAUGAUGUACACAUCAUGGCAGAUACCCUUAGUAAAUUUUUUGAAACGAGAUGGAAGGCCAUAGAGAAGAAAAUUCCUGUUAUUGAUUGUGUCCCAUCUGAGCCUUCUAGACCUACUCGUGUGGAAACAGAAAUUUCUGACCGAGUUCCUCCCACAAAAAAGAAGAAAGUAACGCCAAAUGAUACUAAUGUCAAGCCAGAGCCUGUUAAAAGAAUCAUGUCUGCCGAGGAGAAGCAUAAAUUGAGUAUAGAGUUGGAGUCAUUGAUUGGAGAGCUCCCUGACACCAUUGUUGAUUUCUUGAGAGAGCAAACUUAUAAUGCAGGGCAAACCAAUGAUGAAGAAAUUGAGAUUGAUAUCGAUGCUCUCAGUGAUGAUACUUUAUUCAAACUGCGGAAGCAUCUUGAUGAUUAUAUACUGGACAAGCAAAGAUCCCAGGCAAAAGCUGGACAGUGUGAAAUGGAGCUUGUGAAUGAAUCAGGAUUCAGCAAUUCAUCAAUUCAGCCAUGCAAAGGCAAUGAACAGGUUGUGGAGGAUUUGGACACUGUUGGUGGGAAUGAUCCUCCUAUUUCAAAUUAUCCUCCAUUAGAGAUUGAAAAAGAUGGAACCAAUAGAAACAGAAAAUGCAGUAGCUCAAGCAGCUCUAGUAGUGAUUCUGGCUCUUCAUCCAGUGGUUCGUAUUCAGACUCUGGAAGUUCACCUGGUAAUGAGUUGGAUAUGAUGCCUAAAGCAUCAGAACCUCUCAGUGCAACCAAGGAAAAUUUAGGAUCUGGCUUGACUUCAGAUCAAAACAAAGGGGAUCCUGGUAAUUCAGAAACUGGAAAGGAUUCAACAAAUGUGGGAGGCCAGGUUGAGCAGAGUUCCCAGACUAAGCCUGUUGCUACUGAGCCAGAAAGCCAUCAAGAGGGGGAGAGUGCUGCAUCUAAGAGGCAAGUCUCUCCUGAAAAGCUCUACCGUGCAGCUUUAUUAAGGAGCCGUUUUGCUGACACCAUACUUAAAGCUCAAGAGAAGGCCCUUGAAAAGGAUGAAAAGCGAGAUCCUGAAAAACUUAGGAUAGAGCGAGAAGAUCUUGAAAGGCGGCAGAGAGAAGAGAAAGCUCGGUUGCAGGCAGAGGCCAAAGCUGCAGAAGAAGCUCGGAAGAAAGCUGAAGCAGAAGCUGCAGCCGAAGCCAAAAGGAAAAGGGAACUGGAAAGAGAAGCAGCCCGUCAGGCUUUACAAAAGAUGGAGAAAACUGUUGAAAUCAAUGAGAGCAGUCAAUUUUUGGAAGAUCUAGAGAUGCUGAGUUCUGUACAUGAUGAACGAAUGCCAAGUUUCAAAGAGGAGACAAACGCGGAUGAACCUGAAAAUGGAUUGGGCAGGAUCAAGCUACAGGGAAAUCCCUUAGAACAACUAGGAUUGUACAUGAAGGCCGACGAUGAUGAUGAGGAGGAGGAUGAUCUGUCACCGGCUGUAGGACCAUCAAAUGAUGUGGAAGAAGGAGAAAUUGAUUGAUUUGUUCCCCUUGAUUUCCAUUAUUUUGAGCAAAUUAUAAAUGGUGAUUCUUGGGAGCAGUUGCUGGACUGGGGAUCCUACUUUUUUUGUGGCUAUGGGUUGCAGAGUAUAAUCAUUAUUUGUAUGGUCUGAUUCUGGUCCACACCUAAGUUUGAAGAUGGGAUAGCAAAAAUUUAUAGCAAAUGAGUGAAGAUUGAAUUUGUUUUUGCUUUUCUGAUUAAUUUUUGGUUUUAAUUUGGGCAAUUAUUUCUGAAAAUGUGGAUAGCAAGCUCGCAGCCCCCGUUUAUUGAAGGGCUGGAUGGAAAGUUUGUAUCGGUCAGGAUAUGUCCAAUUUUGCUUGUAAAAAGGAACUCAUUUGUAAGGAGUUCUAUGUCUGACCUCAAGUAGUUAGAUUCUCUGACAAUGUAAAAUAUUUUAGAGCCAAGGUAAAAUCAAUUCUUUCUAUUUAUUUUUUC